UCCAGCUUCCAACAAGUUGUUAUCAGCUGGCAGUAUUCAAUUCUCUGGGAGAAUUAAAUUCCGAAGCUUACUCCUGGUGGUCUUUCCGGCUCCAAGAGUCGGCUCACUCGGGAUUGAAUGACGACAUCGUUUCCAACUCUCAGUCGUGGAAGCACUUCGAAGCGGUACGGACGGUCGUUUGAAAGUUUGCAUUUUUGCUGUCAAUAAUAGUCCUGCUUCUGAGUGUUUUAAUUUGUUUGGAGUGAAAAAGACGAAGCGUAAGGUACUACGGUCGCACGGACGGGUUAACCGGGUUGGUUCGGGUCGCUUUCCGGAAAACCAGCACGACCAACAGUAGUGGUGGGAGCCAGUCGUAGUGCAUUGAAUCUCGUUCGGCAUCGUGUCCUGUAGUGGUUUUGAUGGGGGAACAGGUGUAUCAUGGCGGUGGGAAUGUAUCUCCCAAAGAGUGAAGCCUUUCCAGCAGACGACAUCAGACGGUGGGUGACAUGCCGGGUGUGUCAUUGAGGGUAUGCCGACGAGGUGCAGAAAAAGCUUUACGGUUAUCCUUAAACACGAAUGCGGCGGUCGAGCCGGAAUCAAUCGUUAGCUGAACGCCGUGAAGAUCGCACGCAAACACCGUGUCCUCCGUGUCAGUCAACCGACCGAACCUGGUGUGUCUAUCCGAUUUCACGGUUGUCGAGGUGUUUGUCGUGUAUACGAAACUGAAAAUAAAAAGUGUGACUCGUUUGCCCAUCCGGGCGUCCUCAGCCGGAAGCAUAUUGAACAGUGAUCGGAAGGAAAAUUGUCUCAUUUAGGAUAUUUAAUUAUUCGUAGUAGGCAUCGCGUGUCACGCUGGUUUUACUUGGUAAGCAGUUUGCUGCCGAAGGAAUUGCACCUUACAAGGAGAAGUGUUUUUAACGGGCGCGAAGCCGUAGGAUUAGUGCUAAUGAAUUGUCCAUUUUAGGAUAUGUGCUGGCGUUAAUUUGCGAAAUGAGAUGUCCACCCGAAUAAAUAGUGCUUAGCGACGACGAUCCAAAACAAGAUGAAUGUCUGUUAAUGAGUGAAAAGUAAAUGUGCGUGCGGACUUUUAUCUAACAGGAACGGUAAAAUAAAUGACGCUGACUUCGUUUGUAAUUAGCGGAAUAAGCGAUACGGCACGGUUGUGACUCGCGUGCAAAACGAUGGGUGGAAAACUAUUUUUCUUCACCAGUGCAGGUUUAUACAGUUGAAGUAAAUCUUGCGGCGGUUCAGUUGCGAGCGGAUCACAGACUGUCGCUGCUCCAGAAAGACGCUGAAAAUUAACUAGCGAUAUUCGAAAAACCAAACGGUACCGGAAUGUUAGUGUAAGAAAUCAGCCAUCAUGUGUGGAACUUAAUUAGGUGACAAAUUAGCAAAUAGACCCAAUUAAUCUACCGAGACAAGAAACGGGCAGCUUCCAACGGGAAAAUAAUAAUCAAAGUUUGUUGAUGUUCUUAAUGUUGCUGUUUCAUCUAAAUUUAUGAGCAAAGUAAAAUCAAACACGUGCGAUCCUUCGCGCGCACUUGCAAACCAAGCCGGGCAAGACGAUUCAAUCCACGAUUGAGUAUCGUUUACAUUCGUCUGUACGACUUAGUUUCAGCCUCAGCAUCACCCAGGGGGCAUGGAACUGGCGACGAGCAGCGGGGAAUUGUUAAAUAUUAAAGGAAGCCAACGAAUCGGUCUGGCCGAAGGAAAUCAAAAAGGUGGCCAGUGUUAUUAUUAAGUAUUAAUGUGGUCCGGAAUAAAUUACGACCAGACGAAAUUACAAACAGAAUAUCUUGGACUUGCUGACUUCGUGUGCUGCCGAAGGGGAAGCGCAAUCUUGCGACUUCUGAGAAGGGCUAGGCAAAAGGAAGGUAGUCUAUGGACAUCGCUUCGGCCAGGGACUGGAGCUCCGGAGACAGAAGCAAAGUGCCGCCCGGUUCAGUGGUCGGAAAAUAUUAUAAAUAAUUUAUGACUCUUACAUGGGGUGUUUCGUUGAUUAUUUGCUGCUCGUAUUUCCAUUCAGUGCGAAACAGGUGUUUUCAAUGGUUAGAAAGUUUCUGUUAAAUGUUUCGCAUGUAUGCACAAUAACAGUGAAUUGGUUACUGGUGCUAGUGGAUGGCGUCGUCGUCGAUUCGAUAAUUCGUUAGUUCAUACUACAAGGUGAAACAGCAAAGUGUUUGUAUCCGAUUUACUGGCGCACGAGGAAAGGGAAUUUGCCAUAAUUAGUAGCUGUGAUUUGCUGUAUUGGAAACAACUCGGCAGGAGUGAAUCGCAUGCGAGCGUUCGAGUUAGACAAGCGGAAUUGAGCUGCACACCGGAAAUAUCCCCUAUCGAAAGAUCAAUUAGAGUGGAUAGACGACCAAACCGACGGAAAAACGUGACGCGGACGCUGCCACCGUGCCAAGGGAAAUUCAAUUAGUUAAAAUACGUCGGCUGAAGUGUGAAUCAAAACAUUGGAAAAUCAACAUUUGGCAUGUGCCCCCGUCGCUGUGAUGAAGAAAAUGGAAAACGGUUAACGAAUGAUGGACGGUCCCAUCUCGUGGCGGGAUCCGUGACAUCUCGCAGCAAAAUUCGAUUCGAUACACGUGCUGGCCCGAGUGCAAUGAAAAGGAAAUACAAAAAAUGAAAAUAGAAGAAUGAAGCCAAUUCAAGUGUGCGGAAAUUUUCUCAUAUCAAAAAAAUAGUUGAAAACGUUUCAAUGUGAAAUUUACCGGGUUCGGUUAUGAGUCGGUUGAUGGACAAAUAUUUUUCACGGCCAGCGCGGCCAUGGCCGUUGCGGGUCCGGGCAGUUACAGAAAAAGUUCACCGGUACUCGACGGGAGCAGGUGAUGAUAGUAGUAGUAGUAGUAGUAGUAGCAGUAGCAAUAGUUUGAGCGGUUCGACGAUUGGCAACAGUGCAGUCCUCCACUCGACGGCCGCAACGACCACUGGUUCUAGCAGCUGGAGGUCCGUUGCCGGUAGCGUUGAUGGGUUCGACGGUGGUGUUCUGGUGGUCGGUACGAAUGUUCCCGUUGGCAGCAGUGAGAGUGAAGUAGAUUAUGGCAGUAGCAGAAGCAGCACUAGCAUUCUGGAUGACUUCAUCAACGAGAACAAUGACAGCAGCAUCAGCAGUAGUAGUGGCAAACUGUUCAAUGGGAUACUGUCCAAUUUUACCAGUAGCCCAGCGGUUCCGGCUGUUGGGUCACUGUUCACGAACCACACAACCGAAUUCAGCACCAAUGUCAACUGGUCGAGUGGGGAUGCAGGGUCGGCUGCAGUUCCCGGCUCUCGGUUGGCUUUUUCCUCUCUGCCGGAUCUACUCGAGGAAGACGAUCUGAUGGCACUGUGGAACUGCACCAACUGUCUUUUGCUCAAUUGUAGUAGCAGUAUUAGCAGUACUGAUAGUAGUUCGGCACUGAUCAAUGCCACCGGCGGCAGCAUCAGCAGAUACGGCAAUGGAACGGAUCAGGAUUUGCUGCUGUUGAAUCCGGACGGCGGCUUGAAUAAGGAUGCCGAAACCACCAUCUAUCUAAUACGGGUGAUAGCGACGUCGAUUGUUCUGGGGAUUGUUAUUUUAGCUACAGUUAUAGGAAACGUUUUUGUAAUAGCGGCGAUUCUGCUGGAACGGAACCUGCAAAGCGUGGCCAACCAUCUGAUAUUAUCGUUGGCGGUGGCCGACCUGCUGGUGGCCUGUCUGGUGAUGCCCCUGGGGGCGGUCUACGAGGUGUCCAACGAGUGGCGGCUCGGGGCGGAUCUGUGCGACAUGUGGACCUCCAGUGAUGUGCUGUGCUGUACGGCAUCCAUCCUGCAUUUAGUGGCCAUUGCCUUGGACAGGUACUGGGCGGUAACGGACAUCGAUUACGCCCACCAACGGACAGCCCGACGGAUAGGAUACAUGAUCAUCGUUAUCUGGACCCUGUCGGUGCUGGUUUCGAUAGCGCCGCUGUUGGGAUGGAAGGAUCCCGAAUGGGAAUCCAGGGUCUACCAGGACCUCCAGUGUAUCGUUUCACAGGACGUAGGGUAUCAGAUUUUUGCCACCGCCUCCAGUUUCUACGUGCCAUUACUGGUGAUACUGUUUCUUUACUGGAGGAUAUUUCUGGCGGCGAGGAAAAGGAUUCGGCGAAGGCAACAGGGCAAAACAAUAGUGCAAUUGAUACCGAAACCUUUAGCUGCUCAGACCCAUCCUGAACCCUUGGCAAAAGCUUCAUGUAUGGCACUAACAUCGAUUGGUUUCCGCUGGAAGGUAACUGCAGCGCAGCAGAAGGCGAUCGGAGGCCCGACGGCGAACGUUGUCGGUGGUUCCGGUGGCAUCGCGGCGGCCGUAGUGGCCGUUAUCGGUCGUCCGCUGCCGACGAUCAGCGAAACAACGACGGCCUUUACCAACGUGUCGUCGGCGAACACCAGCCCGGAGAAGGCCAGCUUAGGCAACGGUAUCGAGCGGGACCGGAUCGAGGCGGAUCCACCGACGGCGGACAUUUCGACGGCCUACCCGUCAACGGGCGCUUCCUGUUCGUCGGUGAAACCAUCGUUCAUGAAGAAACGCUCCCAGGCUGCGACAGAUUCCAAACGGGAACGGAAAGCAGCCAAAACGUUGGCGAUCAUAACCGGGGCGUUCGUGUGCUGCUGGCUGCCGUUCUUCAUCAUCGCCAUCCUACUGCCAACGUGCACCGGUUGCGACAUCAGCCCGAUCGUGACCAGCGUGUGCCUGUGGUUGGGAUACUUCAAUUCCACGCUGAACCCAAUCAUCUACACCAUCUUCAGUCCGGAGUUCCGUCAUGCGUUCAAGCGGAUACUGUGCGGUCGGAGGCACAGCCUCCGGCGGACGCGGAACAUGGGCGUGCGACAUAUGCGGUAAGAUUACUUUUCAGCUGGGGGUGUGGGUGUGGUGAAAGGGGCAAUUGAUUGUGAUGUUUUGUAUAAAAAAAUAGGAUAAUUUGUAUAUACUAGGUAAAAAAUCGAAACAAUAGGUUAAACAAUUGCCAGGGCGAGGGAUACGAUUGAAUGUGGUUGCCAGACGUUGUAACGUUGCUAGUGAAAUCAUGGAACUCUUAAAAUUCUUAAAAAUUGAUAUAUUUUUCAGUAUUACAUUGAAUAUCUAAACUUAUUACCUUGUUAAGGGUGUGUUCACUCUAACACCAAUCCAAGUCAUAUUUAAAUGUUUUAAAAAAUCGACUAAUCGUUUCAAUUUCUUAUAGUUUCAGGUAGUUUUUGGUUGUAGGUCUGCGACUUCUGACCGAAUACAAUGUCUGCUUCAAAUAAAUAAUUUAGUUUAAAUCAAAUAAAUUAUAUAUCAAUAUGGAUCACUUUAACGAAUUCAAUGCUAAUCGGAAAAGACAUCACAGUAACACCAUCUUGUGACAGAAAAGGCUAUUAGUUCAGUCAUGUUUAAAAGUUUGCGUUUAGCGUGCACCCAGAAGUGAAAUGUCUAAAAUAAUUGAGCAUGAUGCCUACAUAGAGGUGUGAACAUUUUCAUAUUUAAAAGUGUUUUUUUCUGACGAAAGUAAAUUUCGCCUAUGAAUGAUGUAGAAUUACGCUUUUUUAGACCUAUCUUCUUCACUUUCAAGAGUUAUGAAGUAGUAUUUAACAUUGCUCGUGAAUGUUAUGAAUAGUGCUGAAAAGACGAAAUCUAUAGGCUGUGAAGAUCACUUCUGAUGUAUAGAACAAAAUUAAAAUGAAAUGAACGGUUACAUUGAUUGCGAUAUUUUUUUCAUUGCGUUCAUGAUAUUGAAUUUAAAUUAGCUGCACAUUGGGCCGUAUGAAUAAAACUUAGCAUGCUUGAAUUUCGGUAGUAAAUGCUACGUGUGGAUCACGUUCCUGUCAAAACAUGCUACAAACUGUAGCAUUUACUACAAGUUUUCGGUAGGUAGCUCUAGAGGUUGCUACUCGUAUGUUUGCUGAUAAAGUGAAGUACAGAAAUUAAAAAAGUGGCAUUUUUACAGAUGUAAGUACGUUUCUUGAUUUGUGUAUGCUUAGGCCAGCUUUUCCGGUUCUGUGUCGAUACGGUAUGCAGUAAAUGCUUAAAUUCGGCAGUAGCAUUAACUACACACGGAAAGAAAUUCGUUACUGCUGUCAUGAUUAGAAAAUCAUGAAACCAAUCAUUUUAACUUCUCAUGAAACCAUAAGCAAUAAGUCUUCUCCCAUGAAAAUUAAUCAUGGUCCAAAAAUGCGUUACUUGAGGAAUGUAUUUCUUAUAAAGCUCGUAACUCCAAUUUUAUAUCCGGAUAUCACUUUGAACCCUCUGCCUCACGUGAUGCAAUGGAUUGUUUAAUAGAUUAAUGGUUAAAAAUUACAAAUUGACAUAAUAAAUUUUACAUUUUGAAUUAAUAUAUCUGAAUGUAUUCUUCCGAGAGAUAACGUAAACCGAAAAAUAAUUUCGACUGUAAAUCAGGAGCGCCAUCUAACGAAAAUUAGAUUUUUUUUGUUCAACCAGUUUGAUUAAUUUGUUUCAUAGGUAUAAGAACACAAGCUGUAUUGAUUCACCUAAAUAUUUCAAAAAAGACGAUUUUUGAAGGAUGUUUUGAAAACAAAAACGUGCUUAAUCCACCUAUCAGUGAGAUGAUACCUUUUUUUAUCAAUCCGCAUGUGUUUUUUCAUGAAUAUUCUUCGGUUUUCAUGACAUUAUUUUAAUGACCGUCGUUUUAAGCUGCAAUUUGACAUUUUAAUCACUCAUUACUCUAUCUAAAAAGGUUACAAUCGAUUAAACUUUUCAUGAUAUGUCGAAGUGAGUUCCACUUUAGAAUUUACGGUAAUUUAAGGUACUUCCAGAGCCGGUAUUCAGGAACCAGCAUAAACCAAACCGAUUCGUAUGGCCAUAUGACGAAUAAAUUGCAAUAGUUUUGAGUCCAACUUUCAAGCUUUUCGGGAUUAUCAUCUUCUAUAUCGGUUUGAAUUUUAAAAAUUCAUCCUCCUGUAAUUCCAGAAUCGGAAGUCAGCAUUGAAUAAAAUUAAUUCAUUUUGUGUGGGACUAUAAGUUUAUUUUAAUUUGAAUUUUUUUCUGAAAUUCGAUUUGGCUUUAUUUGAGAAAACGAUUGAGCUUUGAGAAACGAUUCGAUACUGGAGCCGGAAUUCGAAAAUCGGUGUAGCCGAAGUCAGACAAAUUCACCUGAUUAGUUUAUAUUUGUUUCAAUAUGUUUAAAAAUCAGUAUAGACAUCUUUGAGAAAUCGUAGUACGAGUUAAAUUGUUGGGUGCCUUCCGAAUCGAAAACUGAAUACCACUAAAACUGAAAUAAGUUUAUAUGGUUGUCGACUAUUCAAAUCAGCAAAUCUUAGAUGAUUCUUAAAUAUCAUUUGAAUCUUAGAUCGGUUCAGCCAUCUACGAGGAAAAUAAGUUACACAAUUUACGAAAUGUUUCACAUAUCAUCCUGUAGUUCCGGAACCAGAAGUCGGAUCCAAACAUAAUUCAGGAACCUUGUUUAGUAGCAUACGAAUUUUCAUAUGAAUCUGAGUUUGUAGAAAACGGUUGAGUCAUCUUCGAAAAUAAGGUAAAAAAUUGAGUGAAAUUAUUUACCACAUACGCAUUUGCUGAUCUCGACGAACUGAUUCAAAUGGUGUAUGGGUGUUUUGUUCUUCCAGCAUUUAUUGCUGUAAGCAGUUUAAAUCAAUAUAAUUAUGAAAUUGUUCAGAAUUCGGAAGUAUUGCCAUCUUUCCAAUAUGUCAUAUUCGAACGAUUAUGUUGCCAAAAACGAACCGUGCUAAAAUUGGUCCGAGGCAAAAUGUCAUGAAAAAUAAUGCUGUUCACAGUCUUUUUGGUACUUAGAAACUAUUGUAUGUAACAGUAUAAACAAUCGUGUUUUACGUUGCUCCCAAGCCUUUCUUUGCCAUACAGGGCUCAGAACUUCUACUGCUGGAAUAUGGGGGAAAAGUCGCUUACACAAAAAAUUCGAUAUCUCCGUUAAAAAUGGACGGAUUUUAACAAUCUAUGGCUUGUUGGAUAGCUAUUACCGUGCGGAAUCUAAGUCUGAAAACAUAUUCUGUUUUUAAGGUCAAUUGUGACAGAUACUGUCAAAAAUCUGAAAAUUUUGACAUAAAACUUCGUAUAACUCAAAAAGUAAACAUCCGAUCUCAAAACGAUUCAAUAGCGUUCUGGGUGACGGGGAGACCUUUCAUUUGCGACUAGUUUGAUCAAAAUCGGUCCAGCCAUCUCUGAGAUCUCGACCUCUUAGUUGACAACACACAUACAGACACACACACAGACAUUUGCUCAGUUCGUCGAGCUGAAUCGAUUGGUAUAUAAAAAAAGGUAAAAAGGAAAAAUCCAUUCGCGGUAUUUGCAAGUAUUUGAUUCACACGUGUAUUUUCAUGCAGUUCGUUUAUGUUUUCUAAAUUCUGAAACAAAACAUCAAAUCUGAAGCAAUGAACGCAAGUUAACACUUUAUUUUAGGUGUCGUGGUUGUUCAAAAACAUAUAUAAAUUGUUGAUGUUUCAGAUUAAAAGAAAUUCGUUGUGCUUUUCACUGUUUUGCUAUUCAAAUGUACAUUAUUUGAGAUAUUAGUUAAAAUCAUACAAACAAUACGCCACACACUUCCUCACCAUUCCAUUUAAUUUAUAUUUAGAAUCUUCAUAUUUUGAAACAUAACGCCUGAAUUUAUGUUGCAUUGAUCACCAUCGUAGCAGAAACACGCCUGAAGUUAUACCCAACAACGUCAAAUGCAUUACGCUAAAUUUCAACGAAAUCAGUUCAAAUGGAUCAUGAUCCAAGAACUUUUAAUCAUGGUGUAUUAUCAUAACAUGAAAAUAUACUAUUAUCCACAAAUCAUGACGUUUUGCUCAUUUCUUGAAUCGGAAUUUUAGCCGUGCAUGUUCGAACUUGUUUUCUAUUCAUACCAAACCCCGUUAUACUCUGUGGACUUUGUUUUUGAGAAGAUACUACAAACAACAGACUUUACUACAUUUUAUUCAUACGGCCCAAUAUCUUUUCUCUCAGAGAAAGCUGGAAUGUAAAAGAAAAUUGUCGUUUUUAUAAAUUGUCUAUAAAUUAAAAGUGCAUAUACUAAGCAAUCCACCCCUUGCUGUGAACUGUUUUGCGAAUAGUUUAAACUUUUAGUCUAAAUUUAAAUUUUCGAUAUUUAUUUUCUAAAAAGUAUUUGAAUUUCAUUCAACAGACGAACCAUUCAAAAAUUCGACAAAUAGAAAGUUUGUUUAAAACUGAAAAAAUGUUGGUAAAUAGUAUGAUAAGUGCAAUACAGUGAGCAAAAGAUUAAGUUAUGCUAAUUACUUUUACUUCAAUUGAUAGCUCUCGUUGAGGCGAAUUACGGUUUAUUCAUAUACUAAAUUGUUUGGUUUUAUUUUGUUUUGAAGCUUUUUUUAUUUAUUAAACAACCUGAUAUUGUACUGCCGGUGCACAGGACGCAUAAGUGUAAGUGAUAUUGUACAGGGUCCGGCACUCGAAGUGUAACCAAUUAAAAAGGCCAUAAAUUCAGUUUGGAAAAUUACUUUUACUUAAUUCAAAGUACAAAAUGUGUAAAAAUAAUACAAAAUUCAGAAUCAAUUCACUUUUGCUCGAUAUGACCACCUUUUGCCUUGACUUGAUGACUUGAGAGAGCGAAGGAGUUGCUUCGUUUGGCCGAAAGCGGUCAAUUUCCGAACAUUGUAUUUUCUGACGAGAAAAUUUUUCCAAUUGAGCUAUUCGUAAACUGUCAAAACGAUAGGGUUUACUUGACCGACCGUUCAUACGAGAAUUUGAGUCAUCGAUUGGCCACCAGGAGGCAGCACCCGCAACAGAUAAUGGUUUGGGCCGCUGUAACCGCAGAUGGGCGCUCUCCAAUCGUUUUCAUCGAGCCUGGCGUCAAGGUAAAUGCGACAUAUUCGCCCUUAUUCUGAAUAACGACGUAUUGAUUUUUCGAUCGAAUGUGGUUCUAUCGAAUCAUAGCUACCUUUGAUUUUGCUAGCGUUAUGGGGAAUACAAAUGAAAUACGAGCGAAAAAACGAUACGACGUUAUUCAGAAUAAGGGCGAUUAUCGGGAAAGUAUUCUGGAGGUUGCUUUGAAGCCGUGGGCAGACAAACAUUUCGGUGGCAGACCAUGGACGUUUCACCAGGACUCGGCACCGUCUCACAAAGCUCGAGUGAACCAAGAAUGGCUGAAAAACAACGUUCCUAACUUCAUCUCGUCGACACAAUGGCUCUCGAAUUCACCAGAUGCGAAUCCAAUGGAUUAUUCUCUUUGGGCCAUUUUGGAAGGCAAAGUCCGAACUAAAAGAUACACCAGUCUCAAGGCGCUGAAAAAAGUUAUUGUCCGCGAGUGGGCCAAAACACCUGCAAGUCACAUUCGGCCAAACGAAGCAACUCCUUCGCUCUCUCAAGUCAUCAAGUCAAGGCAAAAGGUGGUCAUAUCGAGCAAAAGUGAAUUGAUUCUGAAUUUUGUAUUAUUUUUACACAUUUUGUACAUUGAAUUAAGUAAAAGUAAUUUUCCAAACUGAAUUUAUGGCCUUUUUAAUUGGUUACACUUCGAGUGCCGGACCCUGUAUAUUUAUAUCACCGUAACCGUAAUUUUUCAAAUCAAGAAAUUAACAGCUUAUUUUUUUGGGCAGUGUAUAUCGAGCAAUAUUUCAUAUAUUUGGAGUUGUUUGGUUCAGUGUACUGAUUGGAAAAACUGUCAUAUGUGCAUUAAAAAAAAUUGUAGUGUAUUAGUAACCUUUUUGCCACCGCACUUUACUGUGAUGUCCCUCGUGAACCGCAAGGGUGAUCCAUAUUGAUAUGUAGUAUAUUUGUUUUAAUGCAAUGGUUCUUUGGCGGAUUCAUAGUUCACGAAUUGACUCAUUGAGCUUGGCGCAUGCUUUUAUCGCACUCCUCCCGAUCAGUCGUAGGCUUCACGGCGCUCUACUCUGUAUAAGAGGGGUCUUCAAUCAAUUCGGUUCACGAUAUUGUCUUCCAUCCGCACUUCGCCAUAGAUAGUUAUUGAAAACCUGUGUACGAAACUGAUAAGAAAUUGAAGCGCAACGAAAUGAAAAGUAAUUAGAUCGAGUCUGCAGAUAAAACUAUUUCGUGUUUAGAUCAAUGGACUUUCUUUUCACUGGACUAAAGCCUGUCCCAGUAUGGACGCACUUUGAUUUCGAUGUAAAUAAUUCACAAGUGUUAGAUAUUCAAAUUUUAUUCGACAACAGAAUAUUAUUCUCAACAUUUGCUACUUAGCCAUUGUAGACUAGCAGGCGCUCGUUCUUGCGAACGUUCCUCAUUAAAUUCCGUACAAACUUCUUGGCCACAAGUUCUGACACUUGUUUAAAAUCUUUUUCGAACUGUUGAAUGGUUUCAGCUGCUGAAACAUGUUUUCUUAUUCCUUCGUUAAUGCCCAAAAUUCCUCAAUUGGUCGAAGUUGCGGGCAAUUUGGUGGACUCAUGUAUUUUGGGACGAAAGUGACAUUUUUGGUAGUAUACCAUUCUACCGUUGAUUUCGAGUAGUGGCAAGAAGCAAGAUCUAGCCAGAAGACAACAGGAUCCUUGUGGCUUCGAAUCAUGGGUAGUUGUCGUUUUUGUAAACAUUCCUUGAUGUAUAUUUCGCUGUUCAUUGACGCAGUGGUGAUGAAGGGUUUCGAAAUCUUACCGAAGCUACAAAUUGCUUGCCAGACCAUGGCUUUCUUACCAAAUUUUUCGACUUCAAUCGAUUUCUCGGACGGGUUUACCACUUGCCCUUCGCGCACCGUAUAAUAUUGUGGUUCCGGCAAGGAUUUGUAAUUGAGUUUCACGUAGGUUUCGUCGUCCAUAAUUAUGCAGUUCAAAUUUCCAGCAAGAAUCGUAUUGUACAGCUUUCGAACCCUCAGCCUGAUCGAUGCUUCUUGUUUCGGACAACGUUUUGGUUAUUUCUGCUUCUUAUAGGUUCGAAGAUUCAAACGUUCUUUAGCACGAAAAACAUUUGACUUCGAAGUGCCCACUUUUUUGGCCACAUCCCGAACUGAAACCUCCUUCUUUUGCUCGAACGGCUUCAGUAUACGUUUAUCAAACUGAGGGUUAGCAGGACCUUUUUUUCGACCCGUUUUCGGUAUAUCCUCAAAGGUGGUAUCCUCACCGAACUUCCUGAUUGCAUUUCGCACGGCUUUUUCACUUACUCGUUCCAUUUUUGCUAUCUUUCUCAGUGACAGUCCGCGUUCUGUGCACCAUUUGUACACAAUUUUUCGACGUUGUUCUGCUGAAAGUCCACGCAUUUCGAAACAAACUAAUGAAAACGAAUAAACAACUGCACAAGUGGUUAGUGAAGAGUGUAAACAACAGGACGCAGCCAUAAAAAUUGACAGAUUCUGAACCAUUGCGAAAUGGCAGCGGUUUUUGGUUGCGUCCAUACUUUCUGGGACAGUCUUUACAAGCGAAAAUUUCGCUGCGUGGCUGCGUCGAGUCGUCAAAGUACGGAUAAAAAUCCUUUUUCUUGCUAAAUACUUGAAUUUUCUCCGGACUAACACGAUACAACGCGCUCACCCGUUGAGAGUUUCACCGGAAUUCCGUCUCUGAUUAUAACAGGGCUUCUACUUGGUGAGACUAAUCAGAACUAGUGAUUAGCAAUACGGUUCAUUUCAAUUAGCGGCUCUGAACCGAACGCUCUUUCGUAAGAGCCGGUUCAAUUGAACGGCUCAAUGGCUCUUUUUCAAUAAACGUCAAUAUGGAGAAGCAGUUCGAGAGAGUGAGUGUGAGAGUCACGGAGAUACGUGAGCGGUAUUUGAGUGAUCUAAAGUUGCGUUUCACAUUCCAUUUGAAAAAAAAUAUGUUUCUUCUCCUAUUACAACAGAAUUUUUCCGAAAUUCACUGGAGAAUAAAUGUUCCUAUGUAUUUUUGACAGCUUCAUUAGAAAACAUCAUCGUUUAAACAACAACGCAAGCUACAGUCGAACCGUCGUUAGAAGGCCACGGUUGUCAAAUUUGGGCGCCAGCACGGAUGAACCACGGUUCGCAGCUUGGCUAUCUUUUCAUGUUGAGAGCCAAGGCUCUUCUUGAGAGCCUCGGUUCAAUUCUGAAGAGCCGUGGUUCGUUCGCUCAUUGCUACGAGUCGGUUUAAAUGAACGGCUCGUGAGCGCUUGCCUAUCACUAAUUUAUUCUCUAGUUCGCUGCAUUUGAAACCAUUUACCAUCUCUAUUAACUACGUUGGCUUUAAUGGAUAAACAUUAGGAUCGUUGAUUGUAGGUCGAGAAAAAAUAAAAUAGAAAAAUUUUCCUGUGUGAAUCAAUAUUAAAAUUAAUAAUAUGUUUAUAAUUCAUUACGCCGAAUUGCGCCGCCUUCGCCGCUGAUAUUUUCAGGAAAUGGCGUCACCGAUUCGCCGCCGCUGGUUAAAAAGACGCUUUAGCCGCAGAUGUUGACAAUUUUGAUCGGCGCACAGGUCUAUUCGAAACACGAAAGGCGUUAACGUAAUCGGUGUACUAUAUCAAUGUCAUAUGGCUGGUGCGGACUAAUUUGUGAUUUUUUUCAAGCAUAACUGCAACGCUUCAAAACCACAUUCCAAUCGCAUCCCUCCUCCAUGAACAGUAGGCUGCGCCUAGCGGGAAAAAAUGUGAACGCUUGCGAAACAGCAGUUAAAGGCUGUCAGUAGCCAUUGUCCAAUCCACUGGUGAAUGUGGUAGUGUGGUUAAUACUAGUGUGAGUUUGUCGAAGAUACCCAGUGAAUUUUGUCGAGCGCAUGAAUAUAUAUUUGAAACGAAAAAUCAUACAAUGCCUAGAGAACAGUAAGCAUGUCAUAAAACUGUUUAUGAAAAUACUCGACUCGUUAUAGAACUGAUUUUAGCUUUUUUGAUAAGUUCUAAACUGAUGAAGUUCUAAGCGCUUUUUCCGCAAUGUAUAAUAAUGGAACUGAUGAAUCUUUUUUUGUCAGUGUAAGAUUGAACCCCACAAUAUCCGUAUACACUACAGCGGUGUGCAUAAUAGAGACGUCAAAUUGCUCAAUGGGAAUUUCUGUGACUGUCAGAUACCAACCACCGUUCCGCGCUAUCGUUUCUGCGAAACCGUUGCUUCCGGAAACUGAAACGAAUCGAUUGUUUGCUAUGUUUGUAUAAAUACAGUACAUUUAAAUAGAACCCGUUCGGGGCAGCGAAACAUCCGCUUGCAGAAAUACAUAAUCAACCUUUUCAGUUGCAUUCAUCCGAAAAUAAACAAGAAAAGAAUCAUCCAUACGGACAAUGCGGGUCACAUUUUGAGAACAACGUAAUCAUUCAAUAGCCAGGAUUUGUAUUGCAAAGUGUUCGGCGUUACACAGUUCCCGAUAAUUAACAGAACCAACCCGUUAGCGAAACCUUUUAGAGAGAAAAAACGGAGUAAUUUGUAAACAAUAUAGUAGAAAGAGACUGGAAACAAGAAGAACUAAUCAUAACGAAAGAGAACUAACAGUUGUACAAUCAUUAACGUUAGAAAUAAAAGCAAAAAUGAACAUAUUUAAUUAAUAAAUUAUUCAAAAGCACAUACUCAUAGAGAAAAAUAUGACAAAACCAAUUAUAAGCCACAGAGAGUGUGGACAUUGCAAACAGACAAGAAAAUGAAUAUCUUAAAUAUUUUAUUGACAUAGCAAAAGUGCAUGUUUAUGCGUGUGUUGUUCGAAGCAAAAAAAAACUGGUCAGAGAAGACGAAUAAAAACACCAUUCUAACGAAAGCGCCUGAAACCCUUUUUCGAAAUUUUGUAAAAUUUUCCAAACUCUGAUUGACAGAGCGAUGAAGUACCCUAUUUCAGUUGUUCCGUGCUAUGUCAACGGGGAGCCAGAUUGAAAAAAAGUGAAACUUUUCGUUCCUUCAACUCCAGCUUUUUUGCAGGAUACAUCAAAACUUCUAAACUCAGGAUGUCAUGGCGGCAAACCCUCGUAGUUCCGUGCUCUGGCAAGCGAUAGAUCGAUGGCAUUGGUUUGCACAUAGUUUCACUAUAUUGAGCCCUUUAAACCUUCGAAAUCAUUGCCACGAAUCUUUUGAUGCCCAAUCACAUGAUUUCGGCGGUUUUAAAUAUAAUACGUUGUGGAAACCUUGCCCGGUGUCGACGAAAAUUGUUUGGAAAUUGUGAAGCUUAUUCAAAAGAGCACAUAUUUCGGCGGAAACGUGAGAUUUUCAAAUUAUGCUAGAAAUAUAUAGGUAAUUUAGAAACUUAAAAGCUUGUAAAGUUGACAUUCGUCAUAGUUGAAAAUUGUAGUUUGAGAAAGAACUAAACUGUGCACAAUACCUAGACGAUUUUUUGUUUAAAUCGGCUUUAGUUUUCCUUUUUUUGUUCCAACAUUUACUGCAGAGUCUCAAUUAAAUUUUCCCAUCCAAUAAAAGCUGUAAUAAAAGUAAUUUCUCUUUUGAGUAAUUUUCGAAUCAGAACUAUCGGUGCCCGACCAAACGGAACUAAGAGGCUUCUACCCACCCCACAGUAAUCUCCCUUCGUCCCUGAAAAGCUUUUAGUGGACGUUCUGGAACUGAAGAAAUUAGCAAAGGACGACUGACUACCUAUAAGCUUGAUUCGAAACGAAUGAAGAAACAAUUCCAAACUUGACUGCGGAGGGUAACUUCCGAACUGUUGUAAAUUCCGUCUCCCUUCAAUCCGAAUAUCGUUGUGGCGGCACGUCGAUGCUGCUAUUGUUAAAAUUGAUGUUGACGUGGUGUUAGGAGGAUAGCAACAUCCAUUGAAUGGAUGCACUGACAAUGAGCAAACAUUGACAUAAAUUAGAAGUAAUAAACUAUAUUGAAAUGUUCGAACGAAAUCAAAACAAACAAAAAACAGUUGUAUUUGUGUACGGUAGUGAUAUUGUUUUUAAUGGUCAUUCAAACUAUGAAGCAAAAGGAUGCCGCUUUUGAACCCUUGUGCACCUUGUAUGUAAUGAUUGUGAUAGUAAUACCGAGAGGAUGAAAUCAAAACAAACAAAAAUAGCAUUACAUAAAAACAAACACGUAUAUUUAUGGCUGUUCCCAUCUCGCAUCUUUAAUGUACAAAAAUUCAAUGAACGCAUUUUACGAGAAAAUAAACGAAGGAUCGAUGGUUAUUGUUCACACUGAUUA